AUGGUUGUUGCAGGACACACAGGUGGAUAUCAUAAGCUUGGUAAGCAAAACACACAAAGGAGAGUUCCAAGUGGAAGUGGAGCCGAUGUUUCCAUAACUGCGGGAGAACGUUUAUCCGAAGGUGCACUCCAAUUAAUUUUCUCUUCUGUGAUCUCUGUCAUCGGCAAUCUGAAAAGUGGUGGAAAUACUACUACAAAAGAGUGGCUUAUGUUGCCUGAGAUCCAGAGUAGAGUCAGAUUAGAUGCAUUUGAGAAGUUUGUUCCAGAGCUCACAAACUAG